AAGAAAGAUAUGUGAAUAUGAAAAGCCUACUUUCAUUUUAACAGAAUUUGUCUACUAUCAGUCUCUUGUUAUUUUUUAGUGUCAAGGCAACGAUCAACCAAAAUAUUCAUUUAUUUUACCGAAAUAUCUUCCAACCGCGUUAUCCUCUGAACAAGUUUUGAUGGGUAUCUAUGAGGAUUGAUUUCUCUCAACGCGAUCUAAAAAUUCUUGAUCGCUAAGUAGAAACCUUUGAGAUCAAAGUUACGUAUGCAAGCGUCUUCGUAAGGUCAAAGAACGUCAGAAAACGCUGAAGACGUGAUUUUACUAAAAGAACCUGGACCUGUAGAUACGAAAAUCGCUUCAGCCGUGGAUCGCAUAAACGAGGGUGGUCAAACGGCGGUGUCGAAACCCCGGAAAUCCCGUCGCAAGAAAUCAAAAAACGCUACAGCCAAUUCCAAGGCAAAAGCUAUGACAACUCCUUGCGGCGAAUAUCGAAAGGAGAUCCAAAAGUGUAAUAUCCAAGCUGGGACACAAGUAGUGAAUCAGCAACCAUGUUCUAUACCGACAAUUCAAAGUCAAACUACCUCAACGGCACCGAUGCGACCUAGAUCUGUCUAUACGGCACACAGUUAUCACGCACAAACAGAUGAUACUAAUUUUCAGCGAUAUAGUGAGUUUCCCAAGUAUUUUGAAGCACCACCGUCAGAGCAGUGGGGUGGAUUAGCCGGUGCAACCGCAUUUUCUAAUUCAACAGCACUUUGGCGACAGCCUCGAAAUUCUAAAACCAUUGCGCCAUACUUCGAAGAGACAUGUAUCUAUACAGAAAACUGGAGGGAACACGACACUGAUGCUGCUAUCGUAGCUACACCGCAUGGUACAAUUUCAUUGAGACUUCACAACAGAAUUCGGGUUGACAUGACCAUCGAUCGUGCAGUUAGAGUAAUUAAUUUUAAGCGUAGAAUAAUAUUGUACUAUCGUUGAGCGGUUCUGGAGCGGCUGCGGCAUUACUUCAUCCAAACGGAAGAAUAUAUCAGUAUGGAUCACGAGUUGAGAUCUUGGCUCAUGACGCCCACGGC